AUGGAAGACAUUAAACUCGAUUUACCCCAAAUGAAGCGCGACCUGCACCUCGGGAUCGUCGCCUGCUCGGAGCGGGGCCUCAAUCACAGCACCAAGUGGCUCUCGGAGCUCUACUUCUCUCUGUCGCACGUAAAAAGCCCCUCGGACGACGCCCCCACUCGCAACGACUGCGAAGGCGAGCUCGAAGCCUACUUCAUGGCUAAAAGCUACUUCGACUUGAAAGAGUACGACAGGUGUGCCUACUUCACCAAAAAUUGCACUAAACCCAAGCCGCGGUUCCUCCACUACUACUCCAAAUACCUCUCGAUUGAAAAGAAGAGACUUGAUAGUAUGACGGACACGAACUGUCCGCCGGACCCCACGGAGAACAACGACCUCGCGGGGUUGUGCUCGCAGCUCAAGAGCGACCACUACGAGAACAAGUUAGACGGAUUUUGCUUAUAUUUGUACGGGAUUAUUUUAAAGAAGCUGGACUUGACGAAUUUGGCGAUUAACGUGUUCGUGAAAGCAGUGAACUGUGAGCCGAUCCUGUGGUGUGCGUGGUACGAAUUGGGGAAAAUCAUUCCAGAUAAGAAUAAAAUUUUUUUGAUGGAGUUGCCGGAUCACUGGAUGAAGCACUUGUUUCUGGCGCAUGCAUACCUAGAGCAGCUGAACAACGAUGAGGCUUUACAGAUUUAUUUUGAACUGUGCUCGCAGGGGCUGAAGGAUAGUACGUAUUUGAUGGCGCAAAUAGCCAUAGGGCACCACAAUCGUCGAGAGUUGGUGCAAGCGAUCGAUUUGUUUAAGCAGAUUUUGGCGCUGGAUCCGUACAGAUUGGACAAUUUAGACACGUAUUCGAAUUUGUUGUACGUUCAAGAAAUGAAGACGGACUUAGCGGAUUUGGCGCACAAAGUCGUGCUGGUGGAUAAGUACAGAGUGGAGACUUGCUGCGUGAUUGGAAAUUAUUAUAGCUUGAGGUCGGACCACGCCAAAGCCGUGUUGUAUUUCAGACGGGCGCUGAAAUUAAACCCGCAGUUUCUCUCAGCGUGGACUUUGAUGGGGCACGAGUACAUGGAGAUGAAAAACACGAACGCGGCGAUUCAAAGCUACCGACACGCGAUAGAAAUCAACAAUCGGGACUACCGGGCGUGGUACGGCCUAGGCCAAACGUACGAAAUCCUCAAAAUGUACUUCUACUGUCUAUACUACUACAAACAAGCGCAACAACUCAAACCGAACGACAGUCGGAUGAUCAUAGCGCUAGGCGAGACGUACGAAAAACUGGAAAAGACUGAAAACGCGCUCAAGUGUUACUAUAAAGCCUGCACGGUGGGUGAUAUAGAGGGGCAAGCCCUCAUCAAACUAGCCAAGCUCUACGAUAAACUGAAAGAGUUCGACAACGCGGCGGCCGCCUUCACCGAGUACUGUCUACGCGAGAACGAAAACAAGGGCCGAUUUAACACCGACGAAACCGAGUUUUAUAGCGCUUUUCAGUACUUGGCGAAUUAUCAUUUGAAAAACGGCCAGCUGGACGAUGCGUACACGUAUGCCUACAAAUGCAUGGAAAAUGAAAAGACUAAAGAAGUCGGGAAAGCCCUCCUAAAGGACAUUGCAGCCAGAAGAAAAGAACUGGAACGGGAUGUGGAUAAUGAAGCUGUGCCCAUGGAUGAGACAGUCGGUAACAUCUUGCCCAAUGAAAUCGAGGACGUAGCCACCAGUAUGGACGUUACGAACUCCUCUGCUAAAUUUUAAUACUUAAAAUAGUUAUUUUUUACGCAAGAAAAAAUAUUUCGUUCUAACAUGUUUUAUUAAAUUA